AUGACCAAAUCAGAAUAUAGGAAAUGCAAAGUCCUCUACAACUCUCAGCUGUUAUUCCAACACCGCCUCUACGCAGACCUGGAGACCAUCCUAUACCACGUGCACCUCUUCCAGCCGCUGUCACAGCUCAUGAAGCACACCGCACUCUAUGUUCGCAAUGCCGUGCCACAGGAGGCCUCCCAGGCCCUUACCAGGAUCCACUGCAUCUGCCAUCACAGCACCAAGCUUAAGGAGGUGAUCACAAGAGAUCUGCUGCCUUCCUCCACCAUGAUCAAAGACCUGAGCCAAGAGUUUGGGUUGCCCAUCUCACAAGAAGAAGUCACAGAUAGAAAAUUUUUGGCCAUGUCACCUCUUCCUGCCCCCAAUCUUGAGGACUUCCGAGGUCGGAAUUCCACCCUCACUUAUGAAAUCCUUGCCCACCAAGAGAAGUAUCUACAGUGGUGGGACACUAUGAUGCUGAAGAACAAGGGCCAGAAGCACAGUUUGAUCCAGGUUUUUUUUAUAUAGUACUAUCCUUUCAGGCAUCCCAGAAAGACAUUGUUUUACCUUCUAAAAUGGCUCAACCUAAAAUUUUAU